AUAUAUGAGAGCUCAACACAACACAACACAACACACCAACAAAUUAAACAUCAUAACCUCUUAGCUUUCUCCCAAGUUGUCACCAUGAAAGCCCUCACACUCGCACUCUUCUUAGCACUUUCCCUCUAUCUCCUCCCCAAUCCAGCCCAUUCCAGGUUCAAUCCCAUCCGCCUCCCCACCACACACGAACCCCCCUCCUCUGAAACUCCAGUACUAGACAUCAACGGCGACGAGGUCCGCGCCGGCGGGAACUACUACAUGGUCUCCGCCAUAUGGGGAGCCGGCGGCGGAGGGCUCAGACUCGCCCACUUGGACACGAUGUCCAAAUGCGCCAGCGACGUCAUCGUAUCCCCCAACGACUUAGACAACGGCGACCCCAUCACCAUCACGCCGGCGGCGGCCGACCCGGAAUCCACCGUGGUCAUGGCGUCGACGUACCAGACUUUCCGGUUCAACAUCGCCACCAACAAACUGUGCGUAAACAACGUGAACUGGGGAAUCCAGCACGACAGCGCGUCCGGGCAGUAUUUCCUGAAAGCCGGCGAGUUUGUCUCCGACAAUAGCAACCAGUUCAAGAUUGAGGUGGUGGAUGCCAACCUUAACUUCUACAAACUCACUUACUGUCAGUUCGGCUCCGACAAAUGCUACAACGUCGGCAGAUUCCACGACCCCAUGUUGAGGACCACGCGUUUGGCUCUCUCCAAUUCUCCCUUCGUUUUUGUCAUCAAACCUACCGAUGUGUAAUGUAACACUGAAAAGCGCCGGUUAUGAGGUUGCAUGGUAGCUAUGCAACGUUGCCACUUUGACAACGUUCUACGUGUAAGAAUAAACAUGCAACAAAUCCGAGCUGGUAUGGGGUUGUGUAAAUCCUAAAUAAAUCUGAAGAAAUAAGGAUAAAAUAUUAUCCUGUGUUUGUUUUAA